GCUUCAUUCAGUGCCAAAGAGCAUUUUUUACAUGAAGUUAAUCGGUUAUAUAUCGUACCAAUGCUACGUACUCGAAAUGCAUCUGUAACAGCGCUACAUACACCAGUAUCGCAAUGUGUAAGCAGACGUGGGUCCCAGGGUUACAUGUAUUCCACUUCAUCUAAUGCACAAUGGCCUUUUGAAGAUAGCUCUGAUAUUCCGGAAGAAACUACAAGGGAUACAACAACACAUAUAAAGCGUAGGAGGCACUCAAAGUUGAGUAAUAAGGCAUUGAAGCUUAUAAGGUCCAUUGAAAGAUUGUAUCGCCCAAAGACUGCUGUAACCCAGUUCAGCAAUAUAGAUAAUGAUGGCAUAUCUACUGAUUCACUAUUGCUACCACGGGAUAAACGUGACGUAUCUCUAGAUACUAUUCCGUCUAGCGAUACAAGUGAAUACGGGCCGACUAAGGCAUUAGUGCGUAGUAUAUAUAGGUCCGCAACGGGGAAUGUGUUCAACGACGCACUUUGGAAGCGUUACGUCCACAAGAUAUCAGCAAUCCACUCAACACUUAAACCAGCGGAUCUGUGUAUUGUGCUUUACUCCUUUGCUAAAGUCAAAUACCUAGAUAACGAGUUGCUCAAGCUGCUGACGCCCUUAAUCGUCCGGAAUAUAUCCAAUCUCUCAUGUGGAGGCGCAGCUUUGAUACUUAACGCCCUUAAACGAUUGGAGGUGCCGAAUCAUGAUAUCAUCGAAUUGGCUACCAAUGAAUUAUGCCUUAAGAUGGACCAUGCCAAUCUACAGGAUAUCGCACUUACAGCAAACGCAUUGGCAUACUUCCAGGUGCAGCACCAUAGAUUUUGGAAUAUGCUCACCAGAUCGGUGUCAUUGCGACACCACCAAAUGACACCAUUGCAAGCAUCACUUAUCUUGGCUAGCCUGGCAAAGAUGGAUAUGAGAAACCCCCUGAUGCUAAGGUUGCUGAAGGAUAAAUUAAGAGCCGCAGUUGAACGCGGCGAUCUAUCGCAGGAACUACUUACAUUAUGCUUCCAUUCUCUGGCGAAACUCGACUUCUCCGCAAACAAUUUCUACAACGCCUGCACGGAGCAGUUUACGCAAAUGCUAGAUAUGCAACCUGAAGCUGUAGAUACCCAAUCCUUGGUACUGUACCUCUACACUGCAGUCUGUAUCCUGGAUGUACCACAAACGGCCAUUGUGAAGUGUCUGGAAGUCUUGGCACAACGAAAGGAUGUCUUGAGCAAUUAUAAAGCUGGGAAGAUGAAGUUUGUAAUUGACUUCUUGGAGAAUAAAUAUCCUGCUAUACUGGAAGUACUAAAUAAGGAAACUUUGGACCUACUGGAUAAGAUCAAGGAAUAUAAAUUGUACAAGGCCAAGAAGACGUUAUCCAGGUGGUCACUGGAAGUCUCACGCUGCCUCAAAAAGCAUAAUAUACGGCAUCGCACUAAUGUCCAAUUGGGCCAUCUAUACGCUGAUAUACUAAUACCAGACCUCAGUGUUAUAGUUAAAUGUGCUGGGCCGUUUAGCUACUACGUCAAGUCACAAAAACUAACGACAUUCGCACAAAUCGAACAUAAAGCAUUGACAAUGAAGGGAUACAAAGUAUGCAUACUGCCAUAUUAUGAAUGGAACGCCCUAAAGACAGACGAUCAAAAAUUGGAAUAUCUCAAGAAGUUCGGUGAAACAUGGGCAUCUGUGCACUUUGGGAAUGGAACUGAGCAAUUGGAUAUGGCAUAGAUAAGUCCAGAUGGUAGAACAUAGCA